AACAGUGAUCGUAUAUCGGGGUCUAUGAUUUCUUCGUCUGGGGAUUGUGGUCACCAGCAAGGCAGGAAAAAAAACACACACACACACACUAGCAGUGUGCUGGGCCAAACGUCAACUUCGAGCUUUUGACAAGUGGACAGAACUGUAUAGACGGGCUCUCUCAUUCUCGCAGGUUCUCGCAGGUCCCACGAAGUGGCUGGGUUUUUGGUUUGGGUGGAACUUUGGAUUAGAGUACGGAGCUCUAGCAUCACAAAUCUUCGCAGCAAACAGGAAGAAUUUGCAAGGGUGUUGCAAGUGUAGAACUUUUUGGGACGCGUUCUACUUAUCUCUCGCUUGGGCGAGACGAUAGCUACGUGGGAAGUGUGGAGCGAAGCUCAUGGGAAGCGUGCGGGAUAGAAAAAAAACGGGAUUGACUAACAGGGGGAAUCAGGAAAAGUGGCGAAGAAACACGGAAGCGUGGAUCUCAAAGGCGUGUGUAGCGAGUUUUUCGCCUAUGAUUUUUCUCUCUGACGACUUACGGGGGUCACUAAAGAAGCAAUGACGGCGGCUAUGGCGGCUAAGUAGAGAGACGCUACGCUACUGUUUUGGACAGAGGAAUAGAAAACCAAGAUAAGUCAGGAAGCUUGCGGAGCACUUAAGCAGAACUUGCGACCACGUUUUUUUUUUCCCACUGGAGUAUAUAAGCUCUCCACCGAGGUUACAUUCUUUACCAAGAUCAAAGACAACGACAGCGAGUUCUCCAAGUAGAGCUCUCUUUCCUUUUCUACUUUCCCUCAUCUCCAAGGACGAGGAAGCUCAAGAACCUCUGGGACACAAGUAUGGGGAGGAGUUCCAGCUGCUUUAAUCCGCUAGCUUUCAGCCGGUCUCGAGAGAGAAGGAUCACUUCCAGCGAUGGUUUGAAGAUUGCUCAAGGGCCGGACAAUGACCGAGCGGAGUUUGGUCUCGAGUUUGCAGAGUUUGGAGGAGGAUGUUUUUGGGGGAUGGAGCUCGCGUACCAGAGAGUGUAUGGAGUGACCAAGACCGAGGCUGGAUACUCGCAGGGAAUUUUUCACAACCCGAGCUAUCGGGAUGUUUGCGAUGGGAUCACUGGCCACUGCGAAGUUGUGAGAGUGGUUUUCGACUCCAGCGUUUGUAGCUACGAGAAAUUGGUGGAGGUUUUCUGGAAGAUGCACGAUCCAACGAGCAUGUACCGCCAAGGGAACGAUGUUGGCACCCAGUACCGAUCUGGAAUUUACUUCUUCAACAAAGAACAGGAGAGAAUUGCUCGGGAGUCGAUGGAAAAUCUCCAGCAGAAACUCGACGCUAAGAUUGUCACCGAGAUACUCCCGGCCAAGAAGUUUUACAAAGCGGAGCCAUACCACCAACAGUAUCUGUCCAAAGGGGGCCGCUUUGGAUUCAAGCAAUCUACUGCCAAGAAUUGCUCAGACGUGAUCCGAGCCUAUGGCUGAAGCAAAAAGAGAGCUUUUUGUUUCUUCCUCCGGAUUUUCCACAGCUUCUAUAGGUAGUAAACAUUGAGAUCUAUGAAAACGCAAGUUUUUCAAGCUUACUUUGUUGAUGAUCGCUCUGGAUCGUCUUCUAGAGGAAGCUUUUGUUCGCAAUCCAUGAAAGCUUCACUGA